CUGCACUGCAGGCGGUGAGCAUCCUUGAUCUUCCCGCCAAGACCCUUCCAUGGUCCGUGAUGCUGGAUCUUGAAGAUUCAACCCCUCUGGAAUCCAAUGAUACCCCAUCACCCUGGCUCGGAAUUUUUAUGCUGACAAGCAGGUACUUUUCCCUAGCUUUUUAUUCAUACCGAAAAACAGGUUUCUUCUCUUGUAACAAUCAUUGCAUUAAUAUAAUAUUUAUUUCUUCCACAAAGGUUGUACUCAUAACUAAUACGUCUGUGCUUACGGUUACGUCAAAAUCUCCCAUUCUGGAAAAAUAUAUAUAUAUUUUGGCUUCUUAUUGUAUGCAUCGUCGUCAUCCAUGGAUCUACCGGCAACAAAACUGCGGAAAUACGAAACUUUCUCAUUGCCACGGUCCAUCAGAACAAGAGUAGUAUGCGAAACAAAGAUGAAUUGUUGCCAUUGACUGGACCAAGCAUUAUCUCGAGGGGAGCCACUAUCUCACCUCGGAGAUUUUGCUAGGGUGUGCAACUGAUCCCUUAUCGAGUUAUCGGCGAGUCAGCUGGUGAAAAGCUAAAAGCAAGGACACUAAAAUCGCGUUGCGGCAAAGUUUCUGAGAUGCGCCGCGUCUGAGGCGAUCCUUUCCCCCUCCACUACCAAUGCAGGCGCAUGUGAGCUGCGUCAAUU